UUUCUCAUCGUUGUAGGCGGGUCGAAUCAACCGGAAGUCCGUCUGUGCGCUAAAGGAUGCGUGAUGUCCUUGCUGGUUUGAUUCUGGGUGAACGUGGGAUUAAAAACCGAGUCUGUAAUUGGUGUUGCACAAUUAUUUUCUUAUUACCUGGUAAGAGAGACUUUAAAAACAGUCGUACACCUGUAUCAAACUCGCAGACGUUAUGUUUCUGAAAUACUUUGUCUAUAAACUCUGCUGUCGGCUUGUUUGUUAGCAACAUGCUAACUAGCAUGGUUAUUGAAGAAACUCAUCUGUGACCGUCAAUGAAUAUCCAUGUAAUAAAAAGGAUUAUUUUGAUAAACAUCUUCUAAUUUACAGUUAUGUUUCAUUUUCUCAUUCUCUCCUCAGGUUGACUUUAAAGAAAGACCAUCAUGCCUCUUUUUAAAUAUCCUCCUAAAGUCUGGGAAGCCCUAAGGAUGAAACAGGGGAUCUACGCCCGUCUGCCUAAGCACUACCUCAAGUCCCUGGAACAGAAAGAACCCACGCCGGUCCACUGGAGGCCUUUAGGGGUCCAGUAUCGAGCAAACCCACAAACAGGACACAAGGAGAGGGUGCAGGAUGUCCCCAUUCCCAUCUAUUACCCCCCAGUUUCUCAAGAUGGGCUGUGGGGAGGAGAGGGCUGGGUAUCAGGCUACAGAUACGCCAAGAACGACAAAGUGAGUGAAGGAGAAGAGGAUUUUCUUCCUUUAGUUUCCUGUUGGUUCUCUGCGAUCAGACCAAACAAGGUGCAGGGUGUGCAUGUCCAAAAACGUUUUCUUUUGAUCAAUCAGAAAUCAAACUGAAGGCAAAGUAUCACUGAUUAUGAGGCAUGUUUUCAAUCCUGUAAGCAGCAAGUUCAUGAUUUCUUUUGAAGACUUAAAGGGAUAUUCCGUAACACCGAGUUAGACACCCCGUCGAGAGAUUAAUGUUGCUGAUCAUUUGCUUCUCUAGUUAUACCAACUUAAGUAACGUGAUAGCAAUACACCGCGGUCUGAGGAGCCACACACAAACCUAGAGUGGCGUUUUGGUUGACCAAAACGCCACUCUAGGUUUGUGUGUGGCUCCUCAGACCGCGGUGUACUGCUAUCACGUUACUUAAGUUGGUAUAACUAGAGAAUCUCUUGACGGGGUGUCUAACUCUGUGUUACAGUGUGUUUAACCCUAAAUUAAUUUUACACCAGAAUAUCCCUUUAAUCCUGGACCUAAGUAAUAUCACAAAAAUUCUAUUAUUAAAUAUUUUCAAUUGUAUGGUUUUGGUCAACAUGUGCCCCCAUUUUUCUAAUUUAACUUUUCUCAGUCUUCUUCUUUAUCUUUUUCCGUAGCUGUCCACUCGUCUGAAGAAGACCUGGAAGCCACAGCUUUUAAAGAGGGAGUUGUACAGCGAGAUCCUCAACCACAAGUUCACUAUCACAGUCACAGGGCGCACUCUGGACCUAAUCGAUGCUGCCUAUGGAUUCGACUUCUACAUUCUCAAAGUAAGAAGAUACUUUCUCUGUCUCAAAAUGACAUUCGCGUAUUACUUUUUAUAUGGCUCUUAUAAUCCAGCUUUCUUCCAUCCCCUAUCAGACACCAAAGGAAGACCUGAACUCCAAGCUGGGGAUGGACCUGAAGAGGGCCAUGCUGCUUCGUCUGGCACGCAAAGACACAGAGCUCUACCCAGACGACCCAGUGAAGAAGGAGAAGGUCUAUGAAAAAUAUAAGGUAGGAGGGAUAUGUUCAGAGAAAGUUCUUAAAGGUGUUUGGAUGAGAGAGAUUUUUUGCACAAGAUGCAACAAAAGACAAGAAUUCACAAAUAUUUUCUUUCUCUGAGCAGCAGUUUGAGAUUCCAGAGGAGGAGGCAGAGUGGGUAGGUCUGAAUCUGGUGGAGGCUGUGGAAAAACAGAGGCAGCUCGAGCACAAGGUAAGAAAACCCUGAAGUUGAAGUGUGAGGUAACGCUUCUGCUCCUGGAAUGAAGGCCACAAGAUUUACGACAAAGAAUUCCUAAGAAAAGACAGACUGGAAGAUAACUCUGUCCAGUCUGUGAUGAAGCUGUCCUGUGGGGGCUGACUUUGUUUUCUUCUGUCUCUCAGGAGCCCGAGCCACUAUUUGAAGCCUGUGUGGACAAGUUAGUGGAGGAGCUGCGCAUCCAAAAACUCUUAGAGCCACACCUGACAGAGAAGAAGUGAAGAUCUGAACAGUUUCUGCAAAACAAUAGGAUGCUUCUAAGACUGAAAAAUGAUGUAGGUUGAACUGGCAUGAUCUCCAGUCACAUUUUGAGUGCAUCUGAGAGAACUUACUGCCCUUUGACCAGUAUGUCAUCAGGAGUCCCAAUCCAGAGGUAAUGCUGGAGUGAUGUUUAAUUUAUUUUCCCUACUAUCAAGAUCCACAUGAAGACAUUAUAGUGAUCCAAGAAGAAGAGUCCACCAGUGUAAAUAUUCUCUGAUCACCUGAAGUCUCGGGAUAUCUAAAGAAAUAAAAUAUGUCUUUCCUAUAAAACUUUA